CUAUUAUCAUUAUAACAAACAUCACAAAUUUUAAAACAACAAAGCUAGAACAACCUUGGACAGUUUAAAAGUCUCUCUAUAUUCAGUAAAUAAAUAAAACAAAAAAUCAAUUCACAAGUAAGUGUAAAGGCAAAAAAGGCAUAAUAUGCCUGUAAUUAUUUUAUGAUACACAUAUAGGUUAUGUCAGAAGGGAAAUGUCAAAACAAAACUACAACUUCGGAAUGGACUAAAUACCUAUUACCUAUACUGUGUUUAGCCGCGUCUCACCUAAUCUGCCUGUUGCUGUUGCUGUGCUGUUGGUGUUGCUAGUGUUGCUGUUGUUUUGUUUGUUAGGUUAGGUUAGCAAUAUUUUUAUUGUUUCUGUAUCAGCGAUGGAAUUUAAAGUUGAAAUUAAGAAAGAAGUUGAAGAGUAUGGCCAAAAUGAUAUACAACCUUACACAUCAAUAUAUCUGGAAGAAUUUAAAAUUCAACCAGUGGAAGAUUACCCAGUUAUGGACAAGAGAAAACGGCUUAGCGGAAAUGGUAAAAAAGUACCAGAAAACAUAGAAGUUAAAACAUGUCUGAUGACUAUCCCAAAAAUUAAUUCAUUUUUCACUACAAGAAGUAAUGAUCAUGAUGAAGCUGGUGGAUCCAGUUCUGCUAACACAGAAACUCCGUUGGCAAAACCACUAGAAAAUGUUAAUGCAGAAACAACUGAAGACUCUCCCAGUGCAACGUUAACACCACCUGAAGAUUUUUUUGUAUCUACCGAUCCUGCUGAUUGGACAAAAGAUGACAGAACAAUAGAAUAUUUAAUUAUGAAUCCUCCACAACAGGACCUGAAUAUUGACUUUUCAAGUUCCGCCAUUAGAGGUUCGACUGGAACGAACAGAUCCCUAACAAGGAAUAUUUUUUUCAGAAAAAUGUUGAACGGUGAAAUGAAGUUAAGGAAUUGGCUACUUUAUUCUAUAUCGAAGAAGAGUUUAUUUUGUAUUCCUUGCUGUCUAUUUCAGGCGCAACCGAAUUCUUUCACUACAGGUUUUAAAGACUGGAAGAAUGCUGCCGCCAGAUUAAAAAAACAUGAAGAAUCAAAGUAUCACACCGCAAAUGUCUUGAGUUUAUUCAAUCGAGGUAAAUUAAAAAACAGAAUAGACUGUUCCAUAACAAGUACGUUCAGAAGCGAAGUACAAUACUGGCGCAACGUUUUGCAACGUGUUGUUGCAACAAUAAUUACACUGACCACAAGGGGACUUGCCAUUAGCGGAGAUAAUUCAGUUAUAGGAUCAGUUGAAAACGACAACAUUUUAGGUUGUUUAGAACUCAUAGCAGAAUUUGAUCCUUUUUUACGCGAGCACCUUACUAAAUUUGGAAAUAUUGGCCAGGGGAACUGUAAUUAUCUGUCAAACACUAUAUGCGAGGAACUAAUAGUUUUGAUGGGAAGAAAAGUAAGAAGAACGAUUGUUGGCGAAUUAAAGCAAGAAAAAUACUAUUCUAUAAUAGUUGAUUCGACACCAAACGUGUCUCAUGUUGAUCAGCUAGCAUUUUUAGUUCGCUAUGUUUCUGGUGAUGGUAUGCCGACUGAAAGAUUUAUUAAAUAUAUUCCAUCUGAUGGUCACAACUCUGCUGCUUUGGAAUCGACAGUGAUUUCAACUAUAGAGGAAUGUACCAUUGAUUUAAGUGAUUGUCGCGGCCAGUCAUAUGAUAACGCAUCGAAUAUGUCUGGCAAAUAUUCAGGACUGCAGGCCAGAAUAAAAAAUCACAAUAAACUUGCUGAGUGCGUACCUUGCUCUGGACAUUCUCUCAAUUUAGUAGGAUCUUUAGCAGCAGAAUUCUGUCUGAACGCCACUUCCUUUUUCAUUUUUGUACAAGAAUUAUAUACAUUUUUCUCGGCUACCACAUAUAGAUGGAAAAUUUUGACUGACAACUUAAAAUCACCUGUUGUGAAAUCUCAUAGUGAAACUAGGUGGUCUGCAAGGGCGGACGCAACUAAAGCGUUAUACACUGACUUCAGCGAAAUAAAAAGUGCGCUUUUUAAUAUCUCUAACGACGAAUGUCAAACUGCAGCUGUGAAACAUCAAGCACUUUCUAUAUUUGAAAAAAUGGACACUUUUGAAAUGGCUUUAUUAGCUGUCAUUUGGCAACAUAUUUUAGAAAGAGUGAACCUUUCCAACGAGUAUGUCCAGAGUCCUGCAAUGGAUCUGGGAUCUGUCGUUAAAGAGUAUGAAGCUCUUUUAAAUUACUUUACCUCAAUCAGAAAUAAUUUUGCCAUUUAUGAAGAGGAAGCCAAAAAAUUAUGCCCAAAUAAAACAUAUAAAGAAAUAAGAAAGAGAAAAAGAAAAAUUCAAUUUGACGAGGGUGCCGAUGAUGAACUAAACUUUUCAGCUAGUAAUGAGAUGAAAAUCCACACAUUCUAUAUUCUAAUCGACACUCUUAUAAAAGACCUGAAUAUACAUCUGGAAUCUUAUCGACUUAUUUAUCAACGUUUUCGUGUUAUAACAGAUUUGCCAAAAUUAAACAAUGAAGAAAUUAUUAAAGAAGCUGAGAAUCUGAUACAAAUUUAUAAAGACGACCUAGAUACAUCAUUCAGACAUGAAUGCAUUCUCUUAAAGGGUCAAUUGGAUAUCACAAUAAAAUCGCCAAUUGACAUAUUUAAAUAUUUAAAGAACAGUGGAUUAAAAGAUGUUUUUCCUAAUUUUGACAUUGCUUUGCGCAUUUAUUUGUGCAUCCCAGUUGUCAACGUGUCCGCUGAAAGGUCAUUUUCAAAAAUAUCAAAAAUUGAAAAUAAUUUCCGAUCAAGUAUGACGCAAGAACGUCUUAACAAUUUGUCCAUUUUGUCCAUAGAAAGGGACGUAACAAAGGCGAUAAAUUAUGACGACAUUAUAGAUGAUUUUGCCAAAGAAAAAUCAAGAGAGAAUUGUUUGAUAUGAUCGAACUGACAUGACAAUUUUUUUCUGUUAUAUGUACGUCGUAGUUUAAAUCCAUUUUUAGUGUAUUCUUUGUUAGAGGACACUAAAUUGUGGGAACAAACCUUUGAAAUAUUGUGUUGGCAGCAGUGAGUGACAAGUUCCUGUCCUUUGUAAGAAUUGUCAUGUCAUAUGGUGUGACAGUUCAGUGUGGAAGUGAUAGAGAUUCAAAAAAACGCAGGCGGCAAAAACAAAAUAGGAACUACAUAAUAGAGGUAACUAACAAAUUUCCUAUCUGUUGAAUUCCUAAAUUUCCUGUACUUUCUUGGAAUAAAAUAAAUUAUACAUUAUCUAGUUAGGUAAAAAAGAGACAGCUUUGCAUUACACGGUUAAUUAUGGGGGAUACCACGGGGGGUCUAACCCCCCGGUGAUGAGGAGAUGUUAGAUAAUAUAGAAAACACUGAAAAUAAUAUUAGUUUAAAUAAUACACCAUUACUUGAUAGCAAUGAUAAUUCAAAUACUAUUAAUAACGAUGAAAUAAAAAAAAGGAAAAAAACAUUUCUUUUAUCAGUACACGGAUACCGGUCCGUUUGAGGUAUAUAUGGAAACAAAAGGCGAUAACGUUGGUAAUUAUAGUUUUUUGAAAUUAGCAAAAUACAUAAAUGACAAAAAAAUCGAGAAUGUACUUAAACUUAGCAAAAAAGGAAAAAACCGAAUUAGCGUUGCUUUCAAGAAAUGGGAGGAUACUAAUAAAUUUGUUUUAAAUGACGUGGUCAGAAAUGAUGGAUAUGAAUUGUUUAUUCCGGCAAAUAACGUAACAUGUAGGGGAGUCGUUAAUAAUGUAGAUACUAGUAUAUCGGAUGCAGAUCUAAUCAAAUUUUCGGGAUUGGCUUCGGUCAACAUUAAAGUACUAGAGAUAAGACGAUUUAAACGGAAGUCUAAAUAUGACACGGCGAAAUAUAUUGAUACAGAAACAGUCGCGUUUACCUUUUCCGGAAAAGUAAUCCCGAAGGAAGUGAAUAUAUAUGGGAUCCCUUUUAGUGUAAAACCAUACAUGAUACCAGUGGUUCAAUGUUAUCGGUGUUUUCUUUUUGGACACACAAAAAAUCUUUGUAGACGGGGAGAAAAAUGUAAAAACUGCGCGGACAAAAUACAUGAAGGGGAAUGUUCGAUGAAAUGUUUUCAUUGUAAUAGCAGCUUUCAUGUAAGUACCUAUGAGGAGUGUCCAGAGUAUGUGAGACAGCGGAAUAUUAAAGCUGUCAUGUCUCUGGACAAUCUUUCAUACUACGAGGCAUGCGAGAAAUUUCCUUAUGUUUCUACUAGAAAAUCGCAAGAGAAUAAUAUAUUCAGAAUGAGCCAGGAGGAAUUCCCAACAUUAUAUAAAACUCAAACAAAUAAUUUAGAGACCAUUUCCCAUUAAUAUGCGAUGGAUAGAAAAUGUAAAGAGUAACCCUGAACACCUGUUUAGUAGAAAAAUCGAGAAUAACUCAAACAAAAAUAAAAGAAAGGCUAAUGAAACAAAUAAGACAUACAAUAAAGAAGUACACAAUCAAUAUUUAUUAUCUCCAAAUGGGAGAAGCGAAGAGAGAGCUCGUGCAGUAAACAAUGAGACUCCUGGAUGUUCCCGUACAGAGCAACUAGAGAGGGACACAGAAAAAACGCUGAAUGCGAUAUUAAAAAAACUAGAUUGGAAACAUAAGGAACAUAUAAUCAAUUACUCGCACCAGCUAUUUAUACAUGAAAGCUCAUCGAACCAAAAGUUGCUAGAUUUAGAUGGAUAUCAUCCACUUAUUAUCCAAUGGAACAUAAAAAGUUUAAGCAGUAACUAUAACAGUCUAAAAUAUUUCAUAAGCGAACAUAGACCCAAAUUAAUUCUAUUAAAUGAAACUUGGCUAAAAAAUGAUCAUCACUUCUAUCUAAGAGGAUAUGAAAUACAUAGGUUGGAUCGAGGGAAUGGUUAUGGUGGCCUAGCUACUGUGGUUCAUAAUAGUCUGGAUCACAAAAUAGUAUAUAGGUACAAUAAUAAUGUUAGUAAAAUUCAAAUUUUAGCAACAAAAAUAAUAGAUUGGGACAUUACAGUUAUUAACAUUUAUAUCCAUCCUAGGGCAAAAAUAAAUUUAAAUAGUUGGGUUGGACGCAUAAAUAAAAUCAGGGGAAAUAAAAUUUUAAUGGGGGAUAUGAAUGCACAUAAUGCACUUUGGGGAAGUCAAGUGUCUGCUAAUGUUAUUGGAAGAAUAAUUGCUGAAUCCUUAGAGGAUUUGGAUCUAGUUUGCUGCAAUGAUGGGAGACCCACGCGGAUUACCCUACCUGGACAAAAUGUCUCAGCGGUAGACCUAACACUAAUUUCCUCGGAAAUUGCAAAUAUAUGCCAAUGGGAUGUGUUAGAGGAUUCUGGAGGCAGUGAUCAUUUUCCAACUUCUUGCAAAAUCGCAAUUGUAAAUGAAAAUAUAGUAACACAAAAAAGUCAUAAAAGAGAUACAAAGAAUGUCAAUUGGGAGAAUUAUGCUUCAAAAAUAGAAGACUUGAUGAAGAAUGGGUGUGAAGACUAUAAUUCAUUUACACAAAUUAUGGAAAUGGUGAGUGAUGAGGAAAUACCUCUCUUGAAAACAGAAAAAUCUAUAAGAAAAAAGAAAAGCCCUCCCUGGUGGGAUAAGAAAUGCUCUAAUUUAAUAAAAACAAGAAAAGAAAAAAUUAAAAAAUAUAAGGAAGAAGCAAGCAAUGAAAAUUAUAUUGAAAUCAAAAAAAUAUUUGCAUACAGUAAAAAAAUAUUUAAAACAAAAAAAAGAAAUAGCUUCAAAAGCUUUUGCAAUGGAUUGACAAUGACUCCUCUAUCUGAAAUAUGGCGAACAGUUAAGUUAUUCUCCACAUAUCAAAAUGCUGUAAUCCCUGCUAAACUUCCCAACAAACACAUAGCUCAGAACAUAUUAAAUAAUUUGGCAAUUGACAUAACAGAUCCUGAGUUCACGGUUACCCUAACUAACGAGGAUGUGGAGGACAUUUCAAGGCAAGAAAUAAUAAGUGUCAUAAAUAAAAAGGAUAAGGCUACUGGCUUAGAUCUUGUAACAUAUAGCAUGAUAAACAGACUUCCCCUGGUGGCGCUAGAUGCAUUGUCAAAAAUAUUUAAUCAAAUAGUUAAAAGAAACAGGUUUUCCACAAGAAUGGAAAAACACCCUUGUCAUUCCCUUUUUAAAACCCAAUAGAAACACUCUAUGUGAGGAUAAUUAUAGAAACGUAGCUCUAGAGUCAUGUGUAGGCAAAAUUUUGCAAAAUAUAAUUAAAUUAAGAAUAGAACAAAUAACGAAAAAAAAAAACGAUAUUAAGCCCUAAGCAGUUAGGUUUCAGAAGAAACAAAGGGUGCAACGAUAAUUUAGCUUUAACAAUUAAUUAUAUUAGAACUGGAUUUAGUAAAAAUUUAAAUACAAUUGGAAUUUUUUUGGAUAUCAGUAGGGCAUAUGAUACAGUCAAUAUAUAUUUGCUAUAUAAAUAUUUAUUAAAGUAUGACAUCCCAAUAACUUAUGCAAACUUGAUCUUGCAAUUUUUGCUCAACAGAAAUAUCUACGUUAAAGACAAAUCAAAUAAUAUAUUAGGCCCAAUGCAAGCAUCCACUGGAUUGCCUCAAGGGUCUCCACUCAGUCCAAUAUUAUUCAAUCUCUAUACUAGAUCCCUACAUGAUUUAAUAAACCAUGAGAUGGAGUGUUUUCAAUAUGCAGAUGAUUUUGUAGUUUUGGUGCAAGGAUCUGAUAUAUACAAGUUAAUUAAUUCCUUAAAUACCCAUAUAAUAAAUUUACAGGAGUGGUUUGAGAAACACAACUUUAAAAUUUCAACACACAAAUCAAAAGCAAUAAUAUUUAGAAAAAGAAGUCAGGCUUAUAACUUCCCACAUUUGAUAUAUCAAAAUAUGGAAAUUCCAUGAAAAAAUGAAAUAAAGUAUCUGGGAUUUCAUUUACAGUGCAAUUUGAAUAUGACAAUUCAAAUUAACGACAUGAUAACUAAAGCAAACAAAGGAAUAAAUGUCAUGAGAGCAAUUUGUGGUACAAAAUGGCGAGCUGACCCGAACAUCCUUUUGAGUUUAUACAAAGGAAUAGUUAGAUCUCAUUUAGAUUACGCAGCCAAUCUUUUAAACCCCUGCAGUAAAAGUUUGAUGAUGAGGUUGGAACAAGUAUAGAAUGUUGCCUUGAGAAUCGUAACGGGUUGUCUACGUUCUACACCCAAUUUAAUAUUGCAAGCAGAAUGUUCAGUAACAACGUUACAAGUUAGAAGGGAGAUACUAGCACAUAAAUAUAUACUCAAACACAUGCCUGAAAAAAACAAUAUCAUAGUAAAGAGUCUAAAUAAGCUAAACGAAGCAAUAAAUGCAAACAAUAGAUUCUGGAGGAACAAGGUCAUACCAGAUUACUCACUAGCAUAUACAAAUAUACUCAAAAAAACAAAAAACAUAAUUAGAUAUAAAAUCAAUCCUAUAUAUGAGGUAGAAAGAAAAACUCUUUCUUCUAUAUCCCAUUACAAUUAAAAGUCUAGAAUUUGAAAAAUAUGAAAUUGAAUCGAACGAAAGGUUCAUAGCUAAAUAUGGUGGAAUAUAUAAUAAUCAUACCCACGUAUAUACAGAUGGAUCAAUAGACCCACAAACAAAUCAAUCGGGAUUUGGAAUUUACAUCCCAAGCAUCAAUUAUAAAUAUUCGUCACGACUCCAUAACUACACACAAAUCUGCACAACUGAAAUAAUAGCGGUAUACAAAGCCAUCUCGGUAUGUAUUGAAAAGGAAAUCAUGAAAGCAGUGAUCUUUGUAGAUUCAAAAAGUGCCUUAUCCAAAAUAUCUAGUCACAAAUGGGACCAAAUGGAUUAUGUAACUAUAAUGACCAAAAAACUAUUGGUAGAUGCAAAUAAUAUGGGAUUUUCAAUAGGAUUAGAAUGGGUACCGGGACAUCAGGGGAUUAAAGGCAACGAGAUGGCAGAUAGCUUGGCCAAUAUCGGGAGAGAAUUAAGAGUACCAUAUGAUGUAAAAAACAUCAGCUCAGAUAUCUUUUGUGUUACAAAAAAGAACAUCUUGACUCAAUUUUACAAUAACUGGUAUUCCCAAAUUAAAGGUAAAUAUCCGGACUAUUAUGGACUGCAGAAUAGUUUCCCUAUAAAACCUUGGUAUAACAAAUGUGGAUAUUUGGGUAGGAACAAUAUUACUAACUUUAAUCGUUUACGAAGUGGACAUUGCAAAACUCCUUGUUAUCUCCACAAAAUAGGCAAAACGGAAACACCGAUAUGCGAAUGCGGUACUAUGGGAACAUUGGUACACAUCAUCUUUGAGUGCCCCAUAAAUAAACAUAAAGAUAUGGAUUUGUAUCUAGAACUAAUAAAAGCUGGAAUAGACAGUCCAAUAUCUUUACAGAGCAUUUUUUAUAAACCCUCGAAUAAAGUUAUUAAGAUAAUCAAUAAAUUUAUCAAAUUUUUUCAAGUAGAUCUAUAGAAUUUUCAAAUAAUAAUAAUAAUAAUAACAAUAAAUAAAUACUUCAGAAAAUACAGGGAAUCUCCUAACAUGUCAAAAAUUAUAUUUGUAUCCUUAAAAUCCUUAAUCCUAACCGAAGGUAGCCAGCCCUAAACCUAUGUGAAAAUGUUUGGAAGCUACCCCCAAACGAUAAAAGUCUUAAGUUAACCUUAAAUGUAUGUAACACUUUUCUCCCUCUAUCUACAGGAAAACAAGAAGAAGGACAAGGACCACACAGGACCAAAGAAAAAAAUAGAUCUGAAGUUGACAGGACACCUGGUUGUGCAUUGCCUUGAGCAAGACGCGCAUAACCAAUAACAUGUACUGGGUAAAUGAUUAAAAAAAUCGAAACCCAAAAAAAAA